ACUUCAAGCUGGCUUUGUGGUUUGCACAGCUUGGCCCUUUUACCCAGCCCCCUCCUCCACACUCCACUCUUUAUAACUCCCCACCUCUCCCCCCUAACCCCUCACAACACCCUCAAGGCACGAGCAUUUCAAGAAUUCAAGUGGCCAUAGCCCUCUCCCUCUCCUUGUAUAUCUCUAAAAUUUCUUGUUUUGUCAUAAAGAGGUGGUGCAGAGAAUGAGUCAAGAACAAGAUGUUGUGGUGGUAACUGAUGUUCCACAAGCUGAGAAAACAGCUCCAGUGCCACCAACAAUGCCAGUGGUGGUGGAGAAAGAGCCACCAGUGCCAGUCCCUGAGACUGAAGAGGAGCCAAUGAAGCCAAAGCAGGUUGAGGAGGGUGCUGUAGAGACUCAGGUGUUGAAACCUAGUGGAGGUGACGAUGAAAAGAUGCCUCAGUUGGUUUCUUUUAAGGAGGAAAGUACUAAAGUUGCUGAUCUUCUUGAUUCUGAGAAGAAAGCACUUCAAGAAUUUAAGCAGCUUGUUCAAGAAGCACUUAACAAGCAUGAAUUUAGUGCUUUGACUACACCACCAGCAUCAGCUAAAAAAGAGGAGAAGAAAGAAGAUGUGGUGGUGGUAGCCGAGGAGGAGAAAAAGCCAGCCCAAGAAGAGGAAACAUCAGCAGUAACAGAAGACAAGGAAAAAGUAGAGACUGAAGCUGCAGCAGAAAAAGAAGAGAAGAAUGAAGUGGUGGAAAGUGAGGUUCUUGAUGAUCAAGGAAAGGUGGCUACUGCUGUUGCUAGUGAUACUACUGCUGGUACUUCUGUGGAUGAUGAUGGUGCUAAGACGGUGGAAGCCAUUGAAGAGACCAUCGUAGCUGUCUCCUCUUCAGUGGCUUCACAAGAGGAGACUCAAGCUCAGGCUACAAAAGAGCCCGAGGGAGAGACAAAGGCUGCCUCAUCAUUGGAUGAGGAAGCUAAAGAAGUUGAAUCUGAGACCGUGGAAGUGACACCAGAAGAAGUAUCAAUCUGGGGAAUACCACUUCUUGCUGAUGACAGAAGUGAUGUGAUUCUCUUGAAAUUUCUCAGAGCCAGAGAUUUCAAGGUGAAAGAUGCAUUCACCAUGCUCAAGAGCACAAUUCGCUGGAGAAAGGAGUUUGGCAUUGAUGAAUUGCUUGAACAAGAUUUAGGCUUUGAUGAUUUGGGGAAGGUGGUAUUUAUGCAUGGUCUUGAUAAAGAGGGACACCCAGUGUGCUAUAAUGUCUAUGGAGAAUUCCAAAACAAGGAACUUUACAAGAAUUCAUUUUCUGAUGAGGAGAAGAGGCAGAGGUUCUUAAGGUGGAGGAUUCAAUUCCUGGAAAAAAGUAUCAGGACAUUGGAUUUCAGUCCCGGUGGAAUUUCCACAAUUGUUCAGGUUAAUGACUUGAAAAAUUCUCCUGGACCAGCUAAGAGAGAGCUUAGACAAGCUACUAGACAGGCACUUCAAUUGCUUCAAGACAACUAUCCAGAAUUUGUGGCCAAACAGAUCUUCAUCAAUGUUCCCUGGUGGUACCUAACAGUAAAUAGAAUGAUAAGUCCAUUUUUAACCCAGAGGACCAGAAGCAAGUUUGUCUUUGUUGGUCCUUCCAAAUCUGCCGAAACCCUUAUCAGGUACAUAGCCGCUGAGCAAAUACCAGUGAAGUACGGAGGACUAAGCAAAGAUGGUGAAUUUGGCUCAGCUGAUGCUGUUACUGAGAUUACCGUGAAGCCAGCAGCAAAGCACACUGUAGAAUUCCCAGUUACUGAGACAUGCCUUUUAACAUGGGAAGUGAGAGUUGCGGGAUGGGAUGUGAGCUAUAGUGCAGAAUUUGUACCAAGUGCUGAAGAUAGCUACACAGUGAUCAUCCAAAAGGCUAGAAAGGUUGCUGCAACUGAAGAACCAGUGGUUUGCAACAGUUUCAAAAUUGGUGAACCUGGUAAAGUUGUUCUCACCAUUGACAACUCCACAUCCAAGAAGAAGAAGAAGCUCCUCUAUCGCUUGAAAACCAAGCCCGCUUCUUCUGAUUAAUUAAGGGACUAUAUAUAUUGAAACAACAAUAGAAGAUUUUGCUUACAUUCUUGCUGCUGCUGCUGCUGCCAAUUUUAUCAACAUGAUCAUAUCACAGCUUGAAGGUGUUCUGAGGGUCUUGAUCAUGGAGAAGAUAAAGAAAUCUUGAAGAUGUUUAUUUAUAUGUUUAUUUAUAAUUGAAUUUUGUUUUGGUGUGGAAUGGAUUAAGGAUGUUGUGCAAUUGAAGGCUAGAAGCAUGUAUGGGGAUAGGGAAGAAGCUCCAUUACUAGUGCCAAGAAUUUUCUUUGUAAAUUCUUUAUGGCUUUCUUUCUCUUUCCCUGUAAGUAUCUUUUGGACAUAUUAUGAUAUUAAUGAAGACAGUAUCUUUCCUAUAAA